AUGCCAAGGGAUAGAGAUCCUCUGACUGUUGGCCGUGUCAUAGGGGACGUGUUGGACCCCUUCACAAAGUCUAUCUCCCUCAGGGUCAAUUACAACUCUAAAGAGGUUAGCAAUGGUUGUGAGCUCAAACCUUCUCAAGUUGUCAACCAACCGAGGGUUGAUAUUGGUGGGGAAGAUCUAAGGACCUUUUACACCCUGGUUAUGGUGGACCCUGAUGCACCCAGUCCAAGCGACCCAAACCUAAGAGAAUACUUGCAUUGGAUGGUGACUGAUAUUCCAGCAACUACUGGAGCAAGCUUUGGCCAAGAGGUUGUGUUCUAUGAAAGCCCGAGGCCGACAGUGGGAAUCCAUCGGUUUGUUUUCGUAUUGUUUCGUCAAUUGGGGAGGCAAACAGUGUAUGCUCCUGGGUGGCGUCAGAAUUUCAAUACCAGAGACUUUGCUGAGCUCUACAAUCUUGGAUCGCCAGUAGCUGCUGUUUAUUUUAACUGCCAGAGAGAGAGUGGCUCUGGUGGAAGGAGGCGAUAG